AUGGCUUCCUCUCCCACACAAAGAACUUUUAAUGCAAUUUCCAGGCUUGAUAUGAAAGAACAAACCAUUGACGAAAUGUAUGGUGUUCCAGAAAACUUUCUAGAGAUCGAAGUGCGCAAUCCUCAAACUCACGGCUUCGGUCGUAAAAUGUUCACAGACUAUGAGAUUGUUUGUAAG